AUGCUAGAAGAUGGCAAGCGAGCUGGUGGUUCACCUGAUGUUAAGCGAUACCCAGUGCUAAAUCCCGGCUACCUCACUGAACAGACGAAAUUGAAAACUGUAACACUUCCACUUAACGUCGAGAGCGAUGUGGGAUCCCUCGAAGAGCUGUGUGAGUCACGAGUGGAGAUCGACGUGAAAAACGACGCGGGACAAAAACCUGCGCGCACACGGAUGUGGAUGUGUGGCCGACGCAAAAACUGGUCGCGUUCACUGCAGCAGUACUCCGAGCUGCUGCUAGGCUAUGGUGGCCCGGCUCUUAAACGAAUGACAAAUAUAAUACAU